AUGCGUAGCUGGCCACAGCAGCAGCAGCAGCAGCAGCAGCAGCAGCAGCAGAAAAAGCAGAAGCGGCAGCGGCAGCAACAGCAGCAGCAAGAGCACGAAGAGCAGCAGCAGCAACAGCAGCAGCAGCAGCGUGCGCAGCGGCCCAAGCGUAGAGACAGCCCUUGCUGUUUGAGCUGCAGCAAAAAGUGUGAGCAAAGGCAGCAGCAGCAAGAGGAGACAGCAGGAGCAGCAGCAGGUAGCAAGAGCAGCAGCAGCAGCAGCAGCAGCAAGGGAGAGGAGCAGAAGCAGCAGCAAGCGAGAAGAGCAGCAGCAGCAGCAAGAGCAGCUGCAGCAGCGAACAGAAAGACACAGCAACUCCAGCAGCAGCAGCAGCAGCAACAGCAGAACCUGCAUCUGCAGCAGCAGCAGCAGCAGCAGCAGCAGCAGCUGACCCCUCGGCGGCUGCUCUGCCGCUGCUGCUGCAGUGGUCCUCGAGCAGCAGCUGCGGCUGUGCUGCUGCUGUCUCCAAACAUGCUGCUUUAA